ACUACUUUUCUCUACCAAAUAAUAAUAUUCUCUUUCAUCUGUUUCCUUCCAGAUCAACCAUGCUCAAGUGGGUCGUCACCAAGCGUGCAGCUUCAACAGCUCCACGUGUUCCGCCAAUCAACGGACCAUCUCCCCCCGUCGUAACCCAACCAGAAUUUUCCUGCUCCUGCGACAAGGAAAACCACUGCGAAGAGACCAUCGAGUUCGAGACCAACAACAACAAUUCGUACGCCUUCAACGACCUCGGCAACUUCUACAGCCCUCGCAAGUGUCGCCUCUCUUCCGGACCCCUCAACCGAACCGCCGACUCUCGAGGCGGCACUCCAAACUGCUCCUGCCAUCCAGAUCCAUCCUCCACCCAGAAUCGUCCUCGAAACGGCCAAACCCCACUCUCGUCACGCAAUCAACUGCGCAAGAAGCUCCGAACACGCAGGGAACGCAACAAAACCUUGGCAAUGCGACUGUCCGUGGCCAGCCUGAACGCCAGCCUGUCGGAACAUACGACCGUCGUUGGCCACACGACACCCGCCAAAGCCCAGAACGCUCCAUUGGGUGACCUGUUCAACCUGUACCGGGAGCCACCGAGCGCCAAGGCAGAACUGCUUCAGACCUUCCUCAACUCGAAUCCAGGCCCAUUUCAAGAGCGGGAUGUUAAAACGCCCGAAGGGCCGAGUCCCCUGGCGAAUGGUGCCGGACAGUUGAUUCGUCAGCGAGCAGUUAGGAGGAAGCAACCACCGCCGCCGCAGCAGUGUAAGCUGGUCAAGACAGGAAUCAGGGGACAGAAGAUGGAGACGAACGAUAGUCCAAGUGCCUUUUACAGUGCGUACAUUUUUCGAGAAUUGGCACGGGAAAUGUUGGUGUAGAAUUAGUGUUCGGUUGGGUCACAGUUUAGGUCAAGUUAUGUAGUUAGGUUACUUUAUUGAAUAAAUCUGAAAUCAAAC